AUGCGGAGUACGGAGUGCGGGAGAGUUUUUGUCGGUAGGUUCGUUAGUCGGCACGAGGUGGCGCCGCUACAGUACUCGUGCUCGAGUGCGCUCCUCCAACUCUUUAACUGCCUACACGAAGGACACUCGACGGUGCACUCUCCUAUUAUAAACUGCUCUUUUAAUGGACACGAUAUGAGUUUGCCGAUGAAGAGCGAGGUCACGACAUCGCCGUUCGAUUUACAUAUUAUAUUAAACUCUCCUCCGUCGGAACCUUUAGUUCGCGUCGCCACCGGCCGUUACGCUCCAACUUUUCUCAAUUUUUCCACCCAUAAAAUGCCCAAAACGAAAGUUUCUCCGUCCGCCUCCUCCGUGGGGGGUGAGGGUGGUGGUGGGGGGUCGCUUGUUCGUCGCGUGCCUGAUGUAUGCGCCGCCGCCGCGACGCCAGACCCGCCGCGCCGCGACGCCGUCCCACAAUGCAGAUAUCGUGCACCGACUACCAGCUCUAGCGCCUUCGCCGUUUACGUCCACGCGAAUCUAGAGCCCGAUCGCGAUGCCAAAACCCUGUUUUAUGGUACUAGGAAAUCGUUAUUUAAGACAGAGCGUGCCUCGGCUAAAAAAACGAUGCAGCAGUUUUGUAUUUUGCAGCAAUGCAUAUUUCGUAAGAAGCAACUUGUGUAA